ACGUCCUAACUCCCGUGAUUCUUUCACAAAUCUCUUUUACUUACAGCCACAUCUCCUAAUAAAAUCACGUAUAAAAACUUAAGUCGCAACGCCGUCGAUCUCCGACGCGCUAAACUCUACUCAUCUCUAUUCAACUCAGAACAACAGCCAUGGAAAUGCGGGAGAUCUCGAAAAGACCUUCCACCGCACAUUACGUCGACAUCCACCAAGCGCUCGAAGAGGACGAAGAAGAAGAACAACAACAACAACAGCAGCAAGAAAAGAUCGAAACAAACAAAAACACGAAGAUGGCCGAAAACAAAGAAAAGCGGAGCGCAAACAACAAACCGAUAAAACCUCGCGACUCUAAAAGGCCUAACAACAACCGGAGUUUCAGUCGUCAGGUGUCGCUCGAGACGGGUUUUUCGGCGCUCAAUGGAGAGAAGAGCACCGAGAGGAAAGCGUUGCCGAGGAGCGGGAAGAGUUUCGGCGGGUUCGGGACCAUGCAUCGAUACAACGCGGGAGCGAUGACCGAGAGGAAAGGAGACUUCGAUAUUUUCCGGACGAAAUCGGGGCUCGUCCGGCAGAACUCGAAGUUACCGUCGAGGCGGGAUAGCGGGAUGCUCGAUUUCGAACAAAACAACGCCGACGGGAACGUCGCCGGGGGCGCUCCCAGCGAAGGCGUCAACAAGAGUGUUCCGGCGGGGCGAUACUUCGCCGCUCUUAAAGGACCUGAACUCGACGAAAUCAAGGAAUCAGAGGACAUACUAUUACCAAAGGACGAGAAAUGGCCGUUCCUGCUCAGAUUCCCGAUUGGCUGCUUCGGGAUGUGUCUCGGGCUGAGCAGCCAGGCGAUUCUUUGGCGAGCGCUGGCGACGAGCCCGUCGAUGGAAUUUCUUCACAUAACGCCGUUGAUCAACCUCGUCAUCUGGACGCUCGCCUUAUCGGCAUUGGCGGCGGUGUUCGCUGCAUACACGCUAAAAUGCGUAUUCUACUUCGAGGCCGUGAAGCGCGAGUAUUUUCAUCCCGUUCGGGUGAAUUUCUUCUUUGCGCCGUGGGUGGUCGGGAUGUUCCUAUCCAUAGGCGUGCCGCCGUGCAUGGACUCGGAGAGGAUGCACCCGGCCGUGUGGUGCGUGUUCAUGGCGCCGGUUGUGUUCCUCGAUUUAAAAAUCUACGGGCAGUGGCUUUCGGGGGGGAAGCGGCGGUUGAGCAAGGUGGCGAACCCUUCGUCACAUCUGUCGGUGGUGGGGAACUUCGUGGGCGCGAUCCUGGCGGCGAAGGUGGGGUGGGGGGAAGCGGGGAAGUUCCUGUGGGCGAUCGGGUUCGCGCAUUACCUCGUGGUGUUUGUGACGCUGUACCAGAGGCUGCCGACGAGCGAGGCGCUGCCCAAGGAGCUCCACCCGGUGUACUCCAUGUUCAUCGCUACGCCAGCUGCGGCGAGCAUCGCCUGGGGAGCGGUUUAUGGCGAAUUCGACGGGCUGGCGAGGACGUGCUUCUUCAUCGCUCUGUUCUUGUAUUGCUCACUCGUCGUCCGCAUCAACUUCUUCCGCGGAUUCAAGUUUUCAAUAGCAUGGUGGUCGUACACCUUCCCGAUGACAACAGCUUCUAUAGCGACAAUCAAGUAUGCAGAACAGGUACCUUCUAUAAUAACGAAAGGCCUGGCUUUGUUUCUAUCGUUCAUGUCAUCAACAAUGGUCUCCAUUCUGCUUGUCUCCACGCUCCUCCACGCCUUUGUGUGGAAGACAUUGUUCCCUAAUGACCUCGCCAUCGCCAUAACAGAGCGAAAGCUAGGCAAGGAGAAGAAACCUCUGAAAAAGAUGUAUGACAUAAGGCGCUGGGGAAAACAAAGCAAUGGAAAGCACAAUUCGGUGAGAGAUAAUGAAGCAGAGAAAUACAGGGAGUAAGAAAAACACAGUCAAGCACAUAUUAUAGCUACGAAUAAGAGAUAUUUGUGUGUGUAAUAUAUUUCCAACUGUCAUAGCACCGCCUGUGAGGCUCAUUCAGACGAAAAUUAGUCCUAUUUCAGAAUAUAGCAGCAAUUACUCCUGCAUCAGCAUGUUCUAUAUAUACAUUUUUCUCGCAAAAUUCUUUUCAAGAACCCA